AUGGAUCAGAAAAUUUUAUCUCUCGCAGCAGAAAGAACAACGGACAAACUGCAAGAAUUUCUUCAAAGCCUGAAAGAAAAUGAUCUUGUUAGUCUUCUUCAGCAUCAAGCAGUGAAAGGAAAAGCUGUUGGAGCACUCCUGAAAAGCAUCUUUAAAGGUUCCCCAUGCUCUGAGGAAGCUGGCGCCCUUAGGAGACGUAAGGUAUACACAUUUUGUAUCCAGCUGGUUGAAUCGGGAGAUUUGCAGAAAGAAGUAGCAUCUGAGAUCAUAGGAUUACUGAUGUUGGAGGUUCAUAAUUUUCCAGCACCGUUAUUGGUUGAAUUAGCCAAUGAGUUUAUCGAUGCUGUUAGAGAAGGCAGCCUAGUGAAUGGAAAAUCUUUGGAGUUAUUUCCCAUUAUUCUCACUGCCCUUGCUACCAAAAAAGAAAAUCUAACUUAUGGAAAAGGUGAGCUGAGUGGGGAGGAGUAUAAGAAGAAGUUGAUUAGCACCUUCUGCUCUGGCAGAUGGGAUCAGCAAUAUGUGAUCCAACUCACUUCCAUGUUCAAGGAUGUCCCUCUGACUGCAGAAGAGGUGGAAUUUGUGGUGGAAAAAGUGUUAAAGAUGUUCUCCAAAUUGACUCUUCAAGAAAUACCACCUUUGGUCUAUCAACUUCUAGUUCUCUCCUCAAAGGGAAGCAAAAAGAGGGUUUUGGAAGGAAUCAUUGCCUUUUUCAACGUGCUUGACAAGCAGUACAAUGAAGAGCAGAGUGGAGAUGAGCUGCUGGACCUUGUUACCAUGUCAUCAGAUGAACUGCAUCAUGUGGAAGGCACCAUUAUUAUACACAUUGUGUUUGCCAUCAAGUUGGACCGGGAUCUAGGCAGAGAGCUCCUGAAAUGUUUAAAGACAGGACAGCAAGGAGAUCCCAGUAAGAACCUAUGUCCGUUCACCGUUUCCCUCCUGCUCGCUGUAACAAGAAUACAAAGAUUUGAGGAACAGGUGUUUGAUCUUUUAAAGACUUCAGUUGUAAAGAGUUUUAAGGAUUGUCACCUCCUCCAAGGUUCGAAAUUGCUUCAGAGUCUAGUCCCUCAUAACUCUUGUGUUUCGGCCAUGAUCCUGGAAGUGGUAAAGAACAGUUCUCAUAGUUGGGAUCAUGUUACUCAGGGCCUGGUAGAACUUGGUUUCAUUUUAAUGGAUUCAUAUGGGCCAAAGAAGAUUCUUGAGGGAAAAGCUCUUGAUGUCAGCUCAGGUCUUACUAGAAUGCCAGUCCAUCAAGCAUGUAAACUGGGUGCUGAUAUCCUGUUGGAAACUUUUAAGAUCCAUGAGAUGGUCAGACAAGAAAUCAUGGAGCAAAUUCUCAACCGGGUUAUUACCAAGGCAUCCUCUCCCAUCAGUCAUUUCUUAGACCUGCUUUCAAGUAUCAUCAUGUAUGCACCUUUAGUUCUUCAGAGUUGUUCUUCUAAAAUUACAGAAACCUUUGACUAUUUGUCCUUUCUGCCCCUCCAAACUGUACAAGGACUCCUUAAGGCAGUCCAGCCCCUUCUCAAAAUCAGCAUGGCAAUGAGAGACUCCCUGAUACUCGUCCUUCGGAAAGCUAUGUUUGCCAGCCAGCUUGAGACCCGGAAGUCUGCCGUCGCUGGGUUUUUGCUGCUGCUGAAGAACUUUAAAGUCCUGGGCAGCUUGUCAUCCUCUCAGUGUAGCCAGUCUAUUGGUGUCAGUCAGGUCUACGUGAAUGUUCAUCACCAUUACAGUUCUGUUGCUAAUGAAACGUUUUGCCUUGAGAUCCUGGAUAGUUUGAGGAGAUGCUUAGGCCAGCAGGCUGACGUUCGAAUCAUGCUUUAUGAGGGGUUCUAUGAUGUCCUUCGAGGGAACUCUCAGCUGGCUAAUUCCAUCAUGCAGACUCUGCUCGCACAGUUAAAACAGUUCUAUGAGCCAAAACCUGAUCUACUGCCGCCUCUGAAACUAGAAGCUUGUGUUGUGACCCAAGGAGAUCAAAGCUUUCUACAAGAACCACUGUCUCAUCUGCUCUGCAGUGUUCAUCACUGUUUGGCCUGGUAUAAGAGUAAACUGAUGCCCCUACAGCAGGAAGAAGAAGAGGAAGAAGAGGGGUUCUACCAUGACUUGGAUGAUAUGCUGGAAUCUAUCACUAAUAGAAUGAUUAAGAGUGAGCUAGAAGACUUUGAACUGGAUAAAUCAUCAGAUUUUUCUCAGACUACUGAUAUUGGCAUCAGAAAUCAUUUUUGUACUCUUCUCGUGAUGGGAGUUUGUGAGAUUUUGAUAGAAUAUAAUUUUUCCAUAAGUAAUUUCAGCAAGAGUAAGUUUGAAGCGAUUCUAAGCUUGUUCACGUGUUACAAGAAACUCUCUGACAUUCUAAAAGAAAAAGCAGCUAAAAGCAAAACUAAAGCAGUCAGCAAAACAAAUGAGAGUCUCCUGUCUAUGAAGUUUGUGUCUGUUCUCCUCACUGCUCUUUUCAGGGAUAGUACCCAAAGCCACGAAGAGAGCCUGUGUGUCCUGCGGUCCAGCACUGAGUUUAUGCGCUACACAGUGAGCGUGGCUCUGCAGAAGGUGCAGCAGCUGAGGGAGACGGGCCAUGUGAGUGGCCCUGAUGGCCAGAACCCAGGCAAGGUCUUUCACAACCUCUGUGACAUAACACGGGUCUUGCUAUGGCGAUACACUUCAAUUCCUACUUCAGUGGAAGAAACAGGGAAAAAAGAGAAGGGAAAGAGUAUCUCCCUGCUGUGUUUGGAGGGCUUGCAGAAGAUAUUCGAUGCCGUGCAGCAGUUCUACCAGCCCAAGAUUCAGCAGUUCCUCAGGGCUCUGGAUGUCACAGAUAAUGAGGAAGAAGAGGCAGAAGUUAGUGUCACUCAGAGAGCAGCGUUCCAGAUCCGGCAGUUCCAGAGGUCCUUGUUGAAUUUACUGAGCAGCCAAGAGGAAGACUUCAACAGCAAAGAAGCCAUCCUCCUCAUCAGUGUUCUCUCCAACUUGUCCCGACUACUGGAGCCUUCCUCCCCUCAGUUUUUGCAGAUGUUAUCCUGGACAUCUAAGAUUUGCAAGGAAAAUAGCCUGGAGGAUGCCUCAGUUUGCAAGGGCUUGAUGAACUUGCUCUUCAGCCUCCAUGUUUUGUGUAAGAGUCCUGUCUCCCUGCUGCGUGACCUGUCCCAGGAUAUCCACGGGCAGCUCGGAGACAUAGACGAGGACGUAGAGGUGGAGAAAACAAACCACUUUGCGAUGGUGAAUUUGACAACAGCAGCCCCAACUCUCUGUUUACUGGUUCUGAGUCAGGCUGAGAAGGUUCUAGAAGAAGUAGACUGGCUAAUCACCAGGCUUAAGGGACAAGUGAGUCAAGAAGUCCUAGCAGAAGGAGCAUCAUCUCAGGCAAAUGCAGCAAAUCAUCCCAUUGAGAAAGCCGUCAUUAUUCAACUGGGCACUCUGCUUACAUUUUUCCAUGAGCUGGUGCAGACGGCCCUGCCCUCAGGCAGCUGUGUUGAUACCCUCCUGAAGGACCUGUGUAAAAUAUACACUAUUUUGACAGCGCUUGUCAAGUAUUAUCUCCAGGUGUGUUUGAGCUCCAGAGGAAUUCCAAAAAAUAUGGAAAAGCUGGUGAAGCUGUCUGGUUCCCAUCUGACCCCUCUAUGUUAUUCUUUCAUUUCUUAUGUGCAGAACAAGAAAAAUAAGAGCCUGAAAUCUACAGGAGAGAAGAAAAAGGAGAAAAGUGCUGCCAUUGCCACAGCCAUGGCCAGAGUCCUUCGAGAAACCAAACCAAUCCCUAACCUCAUUUUUGCCAUUGAACAGUAUGAAAAAUUUCUCAUCCACCUUUCUAAGAGGUCUAAGGUGAACCUGAUGCAGCACAUGAAGCUCAGCACCUCACGGGACUUCAAGAUCAAAGGGAACAUCUUGGACAUGGUUUUUCAAGAGGAGGAGAAUGACGAAACCGGAGAGGUCACUGCAUCAGAGGACAGGGGACAGAGCCAAGAACCAGCCAAGAAGAAAAGGAAAAAAUAAAUGAAAUGCCUGAGUUAA